CCGAAACAACAGAUUAGGUUGGGACAGUUGAAUACUCGGUACUCUUCAAUGGAUUUCUGUUAAAGGCUCAAAGGGUCUUCGUAACCGACCAAAAAACUCUUCUGAACGACACGUACUUCAACAAAAGUAGCAUGAAUUUCUCUGAGGUUGUCAAGCAGUCCAAUCAAGUGUGCAAAGUUUCUCCAGAUGGCAAAUAUUUGGCCACCUGUGUUCAGUACCGCCUGGUUGUCCGUGAUUUCAACACUCUUCAGAUUGUGCAUCUGUACACAUGCCUGGACCAAGUGAUGCACAUGGAGUGGUCUUCCGACUCUCUGUUCAUCCUUUGUGCCAUGUAUAAGAGAGGACUUGUGCAGGUAUGGUCUCUAGAGCAGCCGGACUGGCAUUGUAAGAUAGACGAGGGUUCAGUUGGGCUAGUUUCAUCACGCUGGAGUCCUGACGGACGUCACAUACUCAACACCACUGAGUUUCAUGUAAGUAUGAAGAUUUGGUCCCUCUGCACAAAAUCUGUAUCCUACAUCAAGUAUCCUAAAGCCUGCCAGAAAGGUAUGGACUUCACUGCAGAUGGCCGUUAUAUGGCGCUGGCGGAGCGACGGGAAUGUAAAGACUACAUUAGUGUGUUUGUGUGCGAUGACUGGCAUCUUCUCCGACAUUUUGAGAGUGAAACUCAAGAUCUGGCAGGUCUUGAGUGGUCCCCUAAUGGCUGUGUGCUUGCGGUGUGGGAUAGCUGUCUUGAGUAUAAAAUGUUAUUAUAUUCGCUGGAUGGUCGCCUGUUGUCCUCCUACAGUGCUUAUGAGUGGUCUCUAGGCAUUAAAUCUGUCGCUUGGACUCCCAGCAGCCAGUUCCUGGCCAUUGGCAGUUAUGAUGAGAAAGUUCGAAUCCUGAAUCAUAUAACCUGGAAGAAGCUCACAGAGUUUGAACAUCCAGCCAUCAUCAGCAACUCCAAAGCAGUGUUAUUUAAGGAAAUGGAGAAAAGAGCUGUUGUUGGUAGUGAGGAUCUUUCUAUUCAUCAGUUGACUGUGGGUAACUCUCUCUUCAGUACACAGAGCAAAUAUGAAAUCACACAACUGCCAGCCAAAGUUUCAGUGGUCAAGCCGGAUCCAGAUCGUGCCAACCCAAAAAUCGGCAUCUCUGCAAUGGCUUUCAGUGCAGAUAAUCGCUAUCUUGCUACAAAGGAUGAUAACAUGCCACAAAGUGUGUGGGUGUGGGACAUGCAGAGACUCGGUCUGCUGGCGGUUCUGGAACAAACGGCUCCUGUUCGCUGCUUUGUCUGGGACCCACGCAAACCUCGACUGGCUCUCUGCACCGGAAACUCCAAAGUUUAUCUGUGGUCACCAGCUGGCUGUGUGUCUGUUAAUGUUCCAGUGGAAGGCAGUUUUCAGGUGCAGUCUCUGUUCUGGCACUGCAGUGGAAGCUCACUCAUCCUGCUUUCGAAAGAGCAGCUCUGUCUCUGUUACAUGGACACAGAGGAGAAAUAGACCAAAGCAAUUCAUCAGACUUAAAUUUCACAAUAUAGGACCAGUUUCUGCUGAUCAACUGCUCCCAUGAGAGUAGAAGAGACUCGUAUAAGAGAUCUGGUUUCCAAAGAACACUAGGAAAUACACUGUGUGUGCCUGCAAAAAUACCUCAGCACUUGCGAUGUGGAUUUGAAGUUUUCAGGUGGGAUUUUUACUGAAUUGUUUCAUCUUAAAUUUAAUUUGACAAAAUAAUGAAAUGAAAAGUUAAAUAAUAAAUCAACAUGAUGAAAAUUGUCAAUACAGCACAUGCUACAAGAGCUGGUACAUUCUGUGAUUGUCCACCUAUAGUUGUUAUCCACUGCUAAAAUCAGUCUUGCUCUGUUCCUGCUUUGUUCUCAAGCAGGAUAUUACCUAGCAGAGAGGUUUAACAAAUAUGAAUGAUUCUACAACAGUAGUCCAGUGCAUAUGAACUGAUGCAUUCACUCAGAUCUGUCUUGAUGGCCUUAGACAAGAUACAUAGGUUUUACAUAUGCUUCAUGAAGGACCAAACAUUUCAUUAGAAAUGCAUCAAACGUAUGUCACUUGAGAUUUACAGUGAUUUUGAAGAUGUAUUUUUUAAAAUUAAUGUCAGUUGUGAAUGUGAGGCUUUAUGAGGAUAAUGUCUGUUGUAUUAGAAUGUCUGUAUUUGUAUUACCAGGUUUCCAUGUAUGUUUGGAAGCUAGGAUUAUUUUUAUUUUUUUUAUAAAAUUAGAGCCAUUUGUAAUAAAGUUUCUACAUUGAUGUUUCUCUUAGUAAUUUAUAUAUAUAUAUAUAUAUAUAUAUAUAUAUAUAUAUAUAUAUAUAUAUAUAUAUAUGCACCGAUCAGCUAUAACAUUAAAACCACCUGCCUGAUACUAUGUAGGUCCCCCUCGUGCCGCCAAAAUAACGCCAACCCGCAUCUCAGAAUAGCAUUCUGAGAUGCUAUUCUUCUCAUCACAAUUGUAGAGAGUGGUUAUCUGAGUUACUGCAGACUUUGUUAGCUCGAACCAGUCUGGCCAUUCUCUGUUGACCUCUCUCAUCAACAAGGCAUUUCAGUCCACAGAACUGCCGCUCACUGGAUGUUUUUUGUUUUUGCACCAUUCUGAGUAAACUCUAGAGACUGUUGUGUUUGAAAAUCCCAGGAGAUCAGCAGUUAAAGAAAUACACAAACAAGCCCAUCUGGGACCAACAAUUUAUAUUUUGCACUUGAUAUGUUUAACCGUUACAGUGAUAAAGUAGACAUUAGGCUAGCUAUUAAGCCUUUCAGUACAGUAAAGUAAAAAAAAAAAAAAAAACAUUUUGUCUCCAUAAAAUAAUCCCCCAAACAGCUGUCAAUAUCUAACAAAAAUAAUAUAUUUAAUUUCAACUGUCAUUUAUCACUGUUUAUUAAUUGCAAUGACACAAUCAUCAGAGAUGGACCAGUCAAAAGUAGUUUCUAACAAUGGCAUCCCUUAUUGCACGUCCAGUCAGUCACUCAUUCUGAGAGGAUGCCGGGUUUGGUCUGGGUCUUCAGCAGGCUCAGGUGCAUCAUAAACAUCAUCACAGAGAGGGACAUUUAGCCUUUUUAUGAUUUAAAAUGCAUGUUCAAUAUAUCCACCAUGUAUUGUGAAUAAUGUAUAUUUGUUUGUUUUUAUUUAUUUGUUGUGGGUCAGAUGAGGUGUCUGACUGUUUAAAAGAAACUGAAAAUGGAAGGGGAUGUUUGUAUUGUUUUAUUGUGAUGUUUUCUGUCUCUUCAAAUAAAAACACUUAAAGUGACCCCAUGCUGGCUAUUCUACCUGUUGUUCUUUACAUAGCUAGUAGCCUACAUUGUGAUAUGUAGUCCCAUUUAGAGCACUGGUAAUCCAGAUUUGGUAAUCUUGAAAAGAUUGUAUCUGGAUCAGGGUGAUCCAAUCCAAUAUUGCUUUGAAAAACCAGCACAAAUGUAAAAUGGAUUACCUGAUCCUGGAUAGCAAAACAUGGGAUUUCCGAAUCCAGAUCAUUCUUAUCCAGAUUAAACUUUUUGAUCUACUGGGCCCUAGGAUUUUCACACAGCAGUCUCUAGAAUUUAGU